CUUCUCUCUCUCUCUCUCUCUCUCUCUCCCUCUGUCUCUACUGAUAUCCUGAUCUCUUCAUAUCUUGCUUUUAUAACUUGAGCAGCAUUUCGUGCACAUUCACCAACCAAACUGAAAACUAAACCCUUCUUCUCUCCAUCUCUUUGUUUUCUUCUUGUUCCAAACAUCGUAUUAUAUCAAUGGAACCCCACCAACUCCCACAACACCAACAAAACGACCAAGAUCCCAACGUUAAAGGAACCUUCCUCUGCAGGCAAACCACUACUCGUUGGACUCCCACUACUGAACAAAUUCGAAUUCUCAAGGACCUUUAUUACAAUAAUGGAAUUCGCUCCCCCAAUGCCGAUCAGAUUCAGAAGAUCUCUGCCAGGUUGCGACAGUAUGGUAAAAUUGAAGGUAAAAACGUUUUCUAUUGGUUUCAGAACUAUAAGGCUCGAGAAAAGCAGAAAAAAAGAUUCAUCAACUCUGAAGAUUCUUCCCUCAAGUUUCAUAACAUAACUUCUGGUGAAAUUGCUGCUUCAUCCCCUUCGUCUUCCAAUAUGUUCACCGUGCAACAUAUUGGAAACUAUGGAGCAUAUGGUGGAUCUGUCACCACCACAGACAAGAGUACUUUUCGGGAUUAUGCUGCCGCUGUUGACCCUUAUAAUUCAUCCUACAUCUUCGAGGAGAAAAAAUCAAUGGAGAAAAGGGUAAAAGAAGAAGAAGAAGCUGGUCCAGGCAUUGAAACUCUUCCUCUUUUCCCCAUGCAUGGUGAGGAUAGCAUGAAGGUCAAUCCCAACAGUUACUACACCAACUGGUAUGGCAGCUCCAGUGACUCCAACGCCACGUCCUGGACUUCUCUUGAGCUCAGCCUCAACUCCUACACCAAAUGAUAACUCCUUUAAGUUCCGUUUCUUAAUAUAUGAUUAAGUAGACUAAUUAUAUAUGCUUUUUAAUAUGCAUGUAUAUAAUCAGUACUAAGAAUGAUUUCAUGAGUGUGAACAUUUUUCUAAGUCAAGAGUUUAGAAUA